UUUCCCUCCUUCCUCCUUAAGGUCCAGGCUGAGCGAAAGUUGGGGGGGGGGAGCUGGCUGGGCUUGUGUCCUUGGCAGGUGCUUUCUUAGCCCCUAAACAAAUACCAAGGAAGGCAGAGGCUUCUAUUUUGAUGGGGCAAGAUCAUUCCCAGCUGUUGCUACCCAUUCGUAGUAUUCCCGCCGGAUUCCCAGACUGAGUUGCGGUUUGGUCCAAAGAAGGACACAACACUUAUCUAAAUAUCUAUUUUGAGAGAUGGCUGAUCCAUGCUAAGAAAAUCUGGAACUGCCCCGACAACAGUGUAUGGUUAUAAUUUGCAGAAAAAAACAGAUGAUGGUCUGGAAAAGAAAUGAAUCCGAGUUGAUGGAGGGCUACCUUAUUUUUUUCCUUUUUAAAAAUCGCUCUUCUGAACCUAUUUCCAGAGAAGGCCACUUGGCAUCUCGAAGAACCACAGUGCCCUCCUUGACACGUACCAGGCUGGAGGCUUGUUUGAAACACCUGUUCACACCCCUUGCUGACUCACCAUGAACCAGAUCCUGGUUUCACCAAUUCAGCCAGUUAUCGAGGCUUGCAUGGAAACAGGGAUUCCCCAAAUCAGCUGCGACUCGGGUACAAGUCAUUCAAAGCCAGGGUAACCUUAAAAAUAAAAGAUAAGGAAGACACAGAAUAUUAUUUGGUUUGGGAUAGGUUUUAUGAGUGGUUAGAGACAAGAAGCGGAAAUUAGAGAAAGAAAGACUAUGAAUGUUUGUAUUAAAAGUAGUUUAUGACUGCAAUCAUUACAAGUAACAUAAAUGUGACCACGCCAAUCAACGCUGCUCCGCAACUUUUUAACCACCGCCCGUCAUCACGGGCUUGAAAAGCAACCAUUCACACGUGCAAAAAAAAGAAAUAAUAAGAAGAUAUCAGUCCUGCGCAGGCGCAGUGGGAAGCCACUCCCCGCAGUUCGGUGCCUUGAGGCUCGUUAAGCACAGAAUCCUGAAAAGGGGCGUGGCUGCUUGGAAGUGUGAACCAAUCAAAAGACGAGGAUGGGUGAUUGCCCCCAUUUCCCGGGAAAUUUAAGUGUCUUUCAGGGCGGCUGCAGCUGGUAAAAGCAUUUUGUACACGGAAACAGUGUAAGGAGACGUACCUGGCCAACACCUGUCUCGGCUUUGCAGAACGCACACCAUGCCUCCCACAAACGAGCAAGAUGGCCGCAUGAAGAAGUUCAAAAACAAAGGCAAAAAUGUUGCAGAAAUCCGUAGACGAAAAAUUGAAGUGAGAGUUGAACUUCGCAAAGCACGGAAAGAUGAACAGAUUUUGAAGCGAAGGAACAUCUGCUUUGAGGCUGAAGCCAGCCCGUCUCCCGAGAAAGACAAGAAGAACGUGGUUACUCAGAUUUCUUUGAUAGAUAUAGUUGAGCUGAUCCAGUCGGAUGAUGUAUUUCUUCAGCUGAAGGCGGCCCAAGCAGUCAGGAAGAUGCUAUCCAGGCAGAAGAACCCACCCACCAACCAAGUCAUUGAAUCUGGAAUCAUUCCUAAACUGGUGGAGUUCCUAUAUUAUCACGAUACGCCCAACCUGCAGUUCGAGUCCGCCUGGGCGCUCACCAGUGCCUCGGGAAGCUCUGCGCAUACCAAAGCUGUGGUAGAUGCCAAUGGCAUUCAGGGCUUGGUUGUCCUUCUGUCUUCUCCACACAUGCACAUCUGUGAGCAGUCAGUGUGGGCACUCGGCAACAUCGCCGGGGACGGACCUGUCUACCGAGAUACUUUGAUCAGCUACGGUGUAAUUCCACCAAUUCUUUCGCUGGUGACGCCUUCUACUCCGGUGGGCUUCCUGAGGAACAUCACCUGGACCCUCUCCAACCUUUGCAGAAACAAGAACCCCCACCCUCCCCUGGACGCUGUGAGGCAGGUGCUUCCCACCCUCACUUGCCUCCUGCAACACCAAGACAAGGACAUUAUCUCGGACACCUGUUGGGCGAUGUCCUACUUGACCGAAGGCUCCAACCAUCGCAUCCAGGUGGUGUUGGAGGCCGGAGUCCUCUCUCGGCUGGUGGAGCUCCUCUUCACCAACGAGCUGCCCAUUCUGACCCCAGCUCUGCGUGCUAUGGGCAACGUGGUCACGGGACAAACGAACAGACCAGAUGGCCAUCGAUGCGGGCUUCUGUCCGUCCUGCCGAAGCUCCUGUGUCAUCCCAAGCCAUUGGUCCAGAAGGAGGCCGCGUGGGCUUUGAGCAACAUUGCUGCUGCCUGCAACCAAAUUCAGCAGCUGAUCACCUGCGGGCUACUUCCUCCUGGUGGGAAUUUGCUGGCCAAGGGAGACUACAAAGCCCAGGAAGGUGUUUGGGCUGUGGCCAAUUUCACCACGGGAGGCACAGUGCAGCAAGUGGUGUCGAUGAUCCGCGGAGUCCUGAAGCCUCUCUCAAACCUGUUGUCCAUCAAGGAUAGUAACACCAUCCUUGUGAUCUUGGACAGUGUCGCCAACUUCUUCCGGGCAGCUGAGAAGUUGGGUCAGGCAGAAAGAUUGGGCCUCCUGGUCGAGGAGCUGGAAGGUGUAGAGAAGAUUGAAGCUCUCCAGACUCAUGAGAAUAACUUGGUCUAUCCUGCCCUAGCUCUCAUUGAGAAAUACUUCUGGAGAGGUGAGUGGACGCUGCCAUCAAAUUCCCAAGCUUCAAAGGAGAACUAACAGCAGCUAACCCUGGGACGUGGUGGCUCAGUGGCUAAGACACUGAGCUUGUCGAUCAGAAAAGGAUGACAGUU